AUGAGUUCAUCAGUAUUUACUGCCGUAGACAUAUCAAGCGAAGAUCAUAGUUUUGAAAGUAUUAAGUAUAUAGGAAAAGACUGUAAAAGUAGUAUAUGCCUUUGCGCUGUUUCAACAGAGUCUUCGGCAUUAUUUUCAGCAAUUACAAAUGAGUUAAAUCCAAUUGGAUUUUUCUUAGCCGAUAUUAGUGAUAUAUCAAAUCCUAUUGAAUAUGCUAAUGGAAUAGAACCAAAAUUGAUGUUUUUACGUUCAUUUAGGAAUGAAGUUUUUAAAAUUGGCGAUAUUACAUUAGUCAACUUUUCAAAUUAUGCUGUAUGUCAUCAAGAAUUAGCUCAGCUUUUAAUAGAUACAAUUUCUCCAAAAUCAAUUUACGUUUUUAACACGAUUUCAUUAACAGACACUAGCAAAAAUAGCGAUGAUAUUAGUUUUACAGAGUUUACAAAUAUGAAAAAUGCAUCAGAAGAAGAAAAAUAUAAAAUUCCGAAAUUAGUCAAAGGAAUAUCAGCUUCUAUUAUCACUUACUCAUUUAUUCAGCAAGAAUUACAAUACAAAGUAUCAAUUUUAGAAACAAAAAGAAAAACAAUCUCUCAGGAAGAUUUUAAAGUAUGGACAAAGAUCAUUCUUGAUAUAAUUGAAGAUGAUAAGAAGAAGAAUAACUCAGUUACUCCUAAUCUCACAUCAGAAGACGUGAUUAAUCUUUCUCAUCAUAACUUACUUCUAUCUCAAAAUAUUACACUUCCGCAAUGA